AUGACCCUCCCACGUCUCCGGCCCACGGCCACCCGCCUCCGACACACCACCAUCACCACCAAGACCACCACCACACCCUAUACCAAACCACUAUACCGCACAUUCACCUCAACAUCCCCCAGGCCCUCCUCCUCGGCGCGCGAACCAACCUACUACGAAAUCCUCGACGUGCCGCCAACCGCCACUCAAUCCGAGAUCAAGAAAAAAUUCUACUCCCUCUCCCUGAAACACCACCCCGACCGCAACCGCAGCGACCCCACGGCAUCCAACCGCUUCGCCCAAAUCUCCAGCGCGUACAACACGCUCAGCAACGCCACAAAACGCAGUAUCUACGACCGCGACCACCACAUCCACGCCCACCCCUCCUCCACACACAGCACCGCCAAUCCUGGCCAACACCCCAUGGGCAGCUACAGUAGCUACAGCGCGAACCUGCACACGAAGGGGGCGUCGUACGCGGGCUCGCGACCAGCUAGCGGAUUGAGUAAACGGAGGGGACAGUUCCGCGGGCCGCCGCCUAGUUUCUAUGCGCAUGGGGGGUAUGGGGGCACGGGGAGACGGGCAGCGGGUGCUGCUGGAGGGGGUGGUGGGGAGGGUGGUGGUGCAAAGGGGUCGGAGGACGAUCCGACGUCAUUUAUUGAUCGGAAUACCGUGUGGCAUUUUAAUGCAAAGGGGCAUUAUAAGACGCAGACGAGGGAGGAUGAGAGGAGGCAGCAACGGAGGUCGAGGGAGAUGGCGGGGGCGGCAUCGAUUAAUGACAAGUAUCUUGGGAGUCCCGGGGCAAUGGCCGUGAGGUUUAUUGUGGUCUGUGGGAUAUUGAUGGGGGCGGGCGCUAUGACGGGGGCGUUCCACAAUGAUCGGGCCGGUGCGAAGACGACGACUAAAUCCGUGCGGCGGAAGGAGGUUUGA